AUGCCUCGAUCUUCUCGUACAGGAAAACUCGAGUUUGACCCGGAGAUCGAGAAAACCACCAGGAGGUUGAUAAAGGAGACAAAGAUGCAAAAGCAACAAACCUCAACAGCACAAUCAUCUGAACUUGAGCAAAACUUUCACUUUGGUGACGCAUCAAUUGAACUGGAAACAAAUUCGCCUAGACCCAACGAAACAAUGGCAGCCCAAAGAACCUUGAGGGAGCUUGCAACCCCGGAUGUUAACCAACAGCCUCUGUGCAUCACGUACCUUGACACUGAGGAGGCAUUUGAAUUAAAUUCUGGUUUGAUUCACUUAUUACCCACUUUUCGUAGUGUUGCAGGUGAGGACCCACACAAGCACUUGAAGGAAUUUCAUGUAGUGUGUUCAACCAUGAGACCUCAGGGAGUCACUGAGAAACAAAUCAAGUCGCGUGCCUUCCCGUUUUCCUUAGCAGAUAAGGCCAAGGACUGGUUGUUCUAUUUGCCAUCGGGGUCCAUCACUACGUGGGAAGCAUUAAAACGACAAUUCCUUGAGAAGUUCUUCCCAGCCUCCAGGGCCGCCAACAUCAGAAAGGAGAUAUGUGGAGUUAGGCAAGCAAAUGGAGAGACUCUCUAUGAAUAUUGGAAGCGGUUCAAACAACUGUGUGCCAGUUGCCCCCAUCAUCAAAUUCCUGACCAACUGUUAAUCCAGUAUUUCUACGAGGGACUCCAACCCAUGGAUAGGAGUAUGGUGGAUGCAGCCAGUGGAGGAGCUUUGGUUAAUAAAACCCCAGACGAAGCCAAACUGUUGAUUUCAAACAUAGCUGAGAACUCUCAGCAGUUUGGGACCCGGUCUGAGGGCAUGACUAGGAGAGUCAAUGAGGUCAAUCAUGCUGACCUGGCACAUCAGUUAAUGGAGCUAACAACUUUGGUUCGACAGAUGGCAAUGGGGAAGGCUCAAACCGUAAAAACAUGUGGGAUAUGUGCGGCCCCCGAACAUACAACCAACAUGUGCCCAACUCUUCAAGAGGAUCCGUACGAGCAGGCCAAUGCCAUGGGUGGUAUGUCUGGAGCCCACCUAAGAAGAAAUGACCCUUACGCACCCACAUACAAUCCAGGGUGGCAGAACCACCCCAACUUCAGCUAUGGUCAAAAAUCUCCGGGCUUCCAACAACCAUUUACACAGAAAUCGCCAAUACAAUAG